GGAAGAGGACAGGAACCCACAUGGCAGCUCGAUGUAGCUGGAGUUGAGGGGAGCAGAUGAGGUUGUGUAAAGAGUGUUUUUCUGAGCGUGGUCCGCAAAUCGAUUUUAGGCUAUUGAGAACCCUGUAGAAAAAAGCGAUGUCCGGAGCCAAACACAGGAUGCGCUGUAAGAAAAUGAGGAAUCAGCCCAGCAGUGUCACGUACAGCUCUCCAGGCUGGCACAACGGUGGAGAAACGUCACGCUCCGGUCACUGGCAUGAGCACACCCCACAGGGAAGAGGGCACAGUGCCCCACCCUCUGGCUGGUUCAGGGGGCACCAUGUCGGGGGUAACGUGAAGGGCGGUCAGGGGUAUUCCCAGGAGCUUCCCAAAUACAUUACUGCCUCGACCUUCGCCAAGGCCCGAGCAGCAGAGGUGAAGGCCAUGUUGAAAGCUGUCACCAAGACAACGGGCAGCUCUCACGUGUUCGGCGCCCUUCCCAAGCACAUGAGGAGGAGGGCCAUGAGCCACAACACCAAGCGGCUGCCGGCCAGGCUGAGGGAGGGGGCGCUCAAGAUGCUGGAGAAGAGCCAGCAGGCGGGCCAGAAGGAGAAGAAGGAACAGCCGAAAAGCAAGAGCCGCAAAGCGCGCCGACGCCACGGCAACCUGCUGCUGGAGUUCAACCGGCGCCAGAGGGAGAACGUGUGGCUGGAGACGCACAUCUGGCACGCCAAGCGCUUCCACAUGGUGAAGAGGUGGGGCUACUGUCUGGGGGACCGGCCCACUUACAAGUGCUACCGGGCCUGCUACAGGGCCAUGAGCAACUACUGCCUCCUGCAGGACCUCUCCUACUACUGCUGUGUGGAGCUUCAGGGGCAGGAGGAACUGUUGCUUGGGGCUCUGUCCAGGCUGACCAGCGCCGAAACUGGGCCCACAUUCGCUGCAGGGCUGUGUCUCUCCGGGCGGAGGCAGGGCAGUGCGGUCCUGUACAGAGCGGAUCAGUACCCCACACAGCCCCUGGGCCCCGUGCUCUUCCUGUGGAGACCCAGGUCUGCAGGCUCCACCCACAGGCAGCUCUGGAUCUGGGUCCACCCCUCCCUCAAGCAGGAUCUGCUGCCCGAGCUUCAGCUGGUGUGCCAGUGCUCUGAGGCUGUGGUGCCGCCCACUCCGGUCCCCCUGCCUGCUCCAGAACCGGACCCAGCACCGGGCCCCACGGAGGCGCCGGACAGAGAGCCGCCCGCGGGGAGGAAGAGGAAAAGGAAGAGUGCACAGGGGGGAUCUGGGGACACGGUCCCCGUGAAGAAGAUUCUCGGGGACGGCACUCGGUCUCCGUUGACCCCUGUCACCUGGAAGUCCGAUUCGACGGGGAUAGUUAUUCGUGACCUCACCAUGGAAAUUGUACGCUACCGUCUGAUUGGACCACUUUCCCAUUCUGUACUGACGGAUGCUUUGACCCCCGCCUCAGUGUGUGAAGCUGCAAGCAAACCGGAAACGUCUUGCUUUUGGUGGCCUGAACAUUGCAAAGAAGAAAGUAACAUGUCCCUUCACCGAGAGCAAGCAGAUAUCUUCCACCUACUCAAAGGAUUGUGUUCCACAGGAGAAGUGCCCUCGGGCUGUGUUCUUGGGCUUACUGUUGAUGACCCUAGACUGACCUUGCCCGGGAAGAGGAUCAAAGUAGCUCCUGAUGUCCAGCAGCUGGAAGGGGAGGCCGAUGACGGGAGGAGGGCCCUGAUGUUGCAGGGCGUCCCGGAGCACUGUUGCCAGAGCGCCCUGUGGGACCAGGCCGUCCGUCAUAACGUCACCCACAGCAAGAUCCCAGAGCAGGAGCUGAACCGGAUGAAGAGCGAGUUGCUGGUCCCCGGCUCCAGGCUGCGCCCCACCCCCCCGCAGGGGCGUGUCCCCCUGCUGCUGGUGCAGCAGCCCGGUAAACAGGCGGGCCAGGAGAUGGCCUCAUGGGGCGCGGGCUGGGACCUGCUGCUGCCCAAGGGCUGGGGCAUGGCCUUCUGGGUCCCUCUGGUGUACCGCGAUGUACGCAUCGGGGGCCAGCAGGAGGCGCUCAAACACUCCCAGAACAAAGGGGCGUCGCACUUCCCCAACGACUUCCCAGACUGCCCAGCAGGUGCCAGCUUCUUGCAGGAGCAGGAGACUCAGCUGCUGGACAACUUUAAGAGGCGUCCGCCUGCCAAAAGGCCCAAUUACAUAAAACAUGGCUGCCUCGCUCCGUUCCGUUGCCCUUGGCAACAGCUGGCCGAGGAGUGGGAGAUGAUCGUGAGGGAGGGUGAAGAGGGGGACCUGCCUGCGCCUCCUCCCCGCCCUCAGCCUCAGCUCCAAGAAGAGACCUCUGCCCUGUUGCCACAGGAAGUGACAUCACGCCCAGACAGUGCCACAUCUCCUCGGAGCACGGUCAUUGUCCUGAGGAACAGGAAGGCUCUGCGUACGGUGUCUGCCUGGUGCAGACCAACCUGUUCCAGAGGCCGGAGGUGGCGGCAGCCUGCGCAGCUGGAGCAGCUGGGCCCUGCGUCCGUGGAGAGACUCCGAACAGCCCACCCCAACAGCCUGGUGUGGGUGCGGCUCUCCCUGCUUCGGAAGGGCCGUCCCUCUCUCCACGCCAUGAUCUGUGUCCCCACCAGAGAGGAUCUGCAGCAGCUGCGCACAGACCCCGCCUGCUGUGGGCCCCAGGAGCCACGCCACACCGACCACUUCAUGAGCAGGCUGAAGCGCCGCAGGAAGGCCCUGAAACCAGCUAGCUCCUCCCACAAGGAAGAAAGGAAGCCUCCUGAGCCUGGCUCCGCCCCCAGCCUCACUCAGGGCCCUGAGCCUGGCUCCGCCCCUAGCUCCACUCAGGGCCCUGAGCCUGGCUCCGCCCCUAGCUCCACUCUGGGCCCUGAGCCUGGCUCCGCCCCUAGCUCCACUCUGCGCCCUGAGCCUGGCUCCGCCCCUAGCUCCACUCUGGUCCCUGAGCCUGGCUCCGCCCCUAGCUCCACUCUGGGCCCUGAGCCUGGCUCCGCCCCUAGCUCCACUCUGGGCCCUGAGCCUGGCUCCGCCCCUAGCCUCAUUCAGGGGUCUGAGCCUGGCUCCGCCCCUAGCUCCACUCUGGGCCCUGAGCCUGGCUCCGCCCCUAGCCUCAUUCAGGGGUCUGAGCCUGUCCUGACUCGGGGACUGUGGCCAGACCCACUGCCCAGCGUGACCUCUCACUGUUCACGGGUGACCCUGGGCUGGGUCACGCAGGGGGACUUCAGUCUAUCUGCGGGAUGCGGGGAGGCGCUGGGAUUCGUCAGCCUGACAGGCCUCCUGCACGCCCUCUCCAGCCAGCCUGCAGACCUCAGGGGCCUGGUGCUGCUGCGAAACCCCGCCUCCCUGCAGUACCGCUUUGCAAAGAUCAACAUUGAGGUUUAACCACAGCCUCAUCUACACCCGUCACUUCAGCUUGCUGGUGUUUAAACUUUCGAACAUGGACGCAGGACUAACGCUGCAGUACGCUGAAGCUUUUGGUGCAUUUCAUUGUGUAAGUGUGAACAAAUCUUGAAAAUGCAUAGCAACAGCAGGCGAUGCUCAUUGUAUGUAUUUGUAAAUAAAAUGUUAGAGUAAUUCAGUGAGAUUUCCAAAAGCACUGAAGUCACAUCAAAAUAUGAAACUAAAGCGGUCUGUUCAGAAUGAGCAGUGAGACGAAACUGACACAGUGUUGAGCUGCGCCAUGCUGUCCCAUUAAACGGUGAACAGCGUGCUGAAUAAUACAUCUGACACUUGAUGAAACGAGUUGUGCGGCAUUCCAACAGGGCUCAUCAGCAUGAAGACCUCUUGAAAAGAAUCCUGAUCGGCUUAAGAUAAUAUUCCCUGCAUGGACUACUUGCUGAAGACAUUCUUCUCUCGUGUAAGACUGAGAUGAUGAAAGGUCAAAUUUUUUGGUGGAUUGAAAGCCUUAUCUUCUUUUAAGAAUGCAGUUUUUUUUGCUUGAAUGCCUGAUUGUGAUCCAUUUGGGAAAUAGAGUUGCAGGUUGCACUCAUGGAUGGCCAAUCCGAUUGUAAUCAGUUGUAAUCUGACAGUAAUAAAAAGUCAGCAUGAGAUUUGUUUUGGAGACCAUUUUCCUCAGUUCUUUAUUAUAAACUUCCUGUACAAAUAAAUGCUCUGUUCACUAUU